UGUGUGUACAAAACAAGCAGGGAUAAAACUCUAAAAAAGAAGACUUUAACCCUAGUAUCCCAAAUUCGUUCUCAAAUUCAAUUCGAUACGGCAGCAGCAUACGUACUCCUUCACUCUCCGAAUCGAUUCCUCGCAGAGCGCGCUGCCGGCGGCCGCCCUUCCCCAUCGUCGCAGUCGCGCGCGGCGCGUCUCCUCCCCACUCCGAAGUCGCAAUCACCGAUUUGCAGUCUCGCCUCGUCGACCAAUCAUUCCCAAGUCUGUCUACCUUUCGUCGACGGGGAAAUGAAAUUCAAUCCAAGCCUAUAUCGGUCUGCACACGCUGCUUUAUUUCGUCGAUCUCAAACUCCUCAUACAAUAAUCCGGGCUUUUUCUGCCAGUCCAUUUUCAGGUACCAGUGGCAGGGAGAAUUUAAACUCAUCAGAGUCUGUCGAUGAUUUCGAGCAACGGAUCUUUGGUGAUGGGAAUCGACCUAAUCUCAGCUCAUUCUCGUUUUACCAAAAGCUUGACAGGGCAGAGAAGGCACAUGAUAGAUCUGGGAUUGGAUAUUCGUAUAACUUUGAGAACAAAUCAGGUCUGAUGGAUGAUCUAGACGAGGGGUACAAUUCAUUGGCUGAUGGAAUGGAUAAUAAAUUAAAGAAAGCAGCCAUGUACUUUGAGUUUGAUCCUGAUGAAGUAGUUAAAGAGGAUUAUACUUUCAGGCCAGAUGUUAAUUUCAUGCCUGGGAUGACAUAUGAUACAAAGGAUCUUGACCUGAGAAGGCCUGGGGUACGUAAACCUGUCAAGAGGCCUGGGUUCGAAACUACAACUGAAGAAGUGUUGAACAAAGCUGAUUUCAGGAAUGUGAAAUUUCUUGCCAACUUCAUCACAGAAGCGGGUAUCAUUAUCAAGAGGAGCAAGACUGGGAUCAGUGCCAAGGCCCAGAGGAAGAUUGCUCGGGAGAUUAAGACAGCACGUGCAUUUGGUUUGAUGCCUUUCACUACAAUGGGGACCAAACAAUUUUUCUAUGGAAGAACUAUGGAGGAUGAUGAUCGUGAUUUCCAAUACGAGGCAACUGAUGUUAAUUUUGUGGAUGAGGAUAGAGAGAAUGCCUGAAAGCUUGUGGUGGUUGCAGAACUUUCAUUAGUUUUGGGUUUAUGUGAGAGGUAGAAAUCUCACUUAAAACACUAGAACCUACGAUUAUGUAGUAAACCUCUAGUUUUUGUGUUGCGUUUCUGAAUGCAGUUGAUUUUUCAUCAUGAAAUUUGCAGCUUAGAAUGCCGUGGAACUAAUUUACUCUGUUUGGGUAGGUCUGGCGAUUCUUCAUAUUUGGGAAAAAAUUUAUUUUAUUUUAUUUUUGUGAAAUUUUGGAGUGUGAAAGAUUGUGAACACAAAUGGAAUAAGCUUAACUUUCUUUAUUGA